GACAAGGAAACUGCGCUGAGGAAAUUCAAUGAAAAUUAUUUAUUUUAUUAAUUUUCCUCAAUGAAAUGCAAUUAUGUUGAUCGAUCGUCGGUAUUCCUUUAAGAUGAUACCCAGAUAAGUGUAUGUGAUGUGUACAAAAAGUUCUGUUUCGUUGGGAUGGGCAAACAGGUGCAACAAUGGACUGAAAUACCGCAUAGACUUAAAAAUAAAAAUUUUCAAUGAUUCGACUCAAAUUUAUUGGUGAAAAUAAAUGGUAUUUGAAGAGUUCGUAUGGUGUUUACAUUUAUGUAUUAUUACAUGAAGAAUGGAAAUGGAUGUAAAAAAUUUGACCCACUUACUGCGCCUAGUCAGUUGACCUAUUGAAAAUUUAUGCGGAUUGUCGACGUUAUUUUUAGGAUACACCUUUGCGGAUGAUUAAAUAUUUAUAAGUCUCGAAUGCAAUGCACUGUUGCGGAAAUGUUAAAUUAGAAAAUCCACAGAAUAUUAAGAAAAUGAGAAAUCAUCUCAUUUAAAACACAGUGUGGCACAAAACUUCCUCAAAGGGAUCAAUUUAUGAUAGAAAAUGCUUAAUUUCAUAAUUAUGAUCUCAAAUAUUGGCUAACUUCUAUAUUUCGUAGGAUAAUAAAUUUUUAAAUUACCAUAUUGGAAAUGGAUAAUUAUUACAAAAUAACUAAAAUUAAAUUGAUCUAAAAUAGAAGCUGCAUUAUGGUCACUUAGUAUAGAAUAGAUAGAUCAUUCAAAAAGUGAGAUUUAACGUAGCUGUAUAGUGUGGGCCUUAGGCCCUAAGGCCAGGACCACACGGCAGUGAUGAAGAAGCAAAAUGUCCGCACACUAUCGUUGAUUGUGUGCACAUUUACUUAUCUACUCAUCGGUGCUGCUGUGUUUGAUGCACUGGAAUCCAAAACCGAGAGAAACCGCUUUGAAGUUUUGCAAGCUAUCGAAGGCAUGAUUAUUAGGAAGUACAAUAUAUCUGAUGAAGACUUCCGAGUGAUGGAAACAAUUGUGCUAAAGUCUGAGCCACAUAAAGCCGGGCAACAGUGGAAGUUCACUGGAGCAUUCUAUUAUGCCACCACUGUUCUGACUACUAUUGGCUAUGGUCACUCAACACCGGCUACAAUAGGGGGCAAGCUGUUCACAAUGUUCUAUGCCAUCGUGGGGAUACCACUUGGGCUGAUUAUGUUCCAGAGUAUUGGUGAAAGAGUGAAUAUAUUAAGCAGUGUAAUAAUAAAGUCAAUCAAACGCGCGAUGAACUGCAAGCAGACGAGCGCGUCCGAAGUGGAUCUGAUCUGUGUCGUGACGACGUUGUCCUCGCUCACCAUCGCGGGCGGGGCCGCCGCAUUCUCUAAGUUCGAGGGGUGGAGCUACUUCGACAGUGUCUACUACUGCUUCAUCACUUUGACAACUAUAGGUUUCGGUGAUAUGGUGGCGUUACAGAAGGACAACGCGUUGAACCGCAAGCCGUCGUACGUGAUGUUCGCUCUUAUUUUCAUACUGUUCGGGCUGGCCAUCGUCGCCGCGUGUCUCAACCUGCUGGUCUUGCGAUUCGUCACGAUGAACACCGAGGAUGAGAAGAGGGAUCAACAGCAAGCUGAACAGGCGCAACAAGUGGCCGUCAGAUUGGAGGGUGACGUCAUCACGGCAGACGGUGACGUGCUGAGAGGCGUGGCCAGAGGAACCCGCCUACCUGCCACGCCCAGAAUGAUCAAAGCUGGUGAUGCAUCGUCGGCCCCGCUGUAUUCAGACGAGGAGUACGCUCUCAGUGUGUGCAGCUGUACUUGUACGUGCUUCGGUCAUAACAGCUCAAUUCCAUACCGCGACCCACUGUCCCCAGUGGCACCAACACAUCUUCGUGAUAUGAAACGCAGCCGCAAGAUACCUCGAUAUAUCGAGAAGCCAAACAACAAAUACGCCUCGCAAACUCUCCGACUGAACUCCGCUUCAGGGUAUCUCUACAUGAACGCUAGGAACGACUUCCAAUUAGACUUCGAAGACUUCAACCAUAUAGUGGCGAAAAGACGCGAGCAAUUACGCAGAGGUAUGCAAAACCAGUACUAUAGCCCGCAGAGCUCGUAUGGACACGAACGAAGCAACGACCCCCUAGUGGAAGAUUACUAUUCGGAAAAGAGCAAUUACGAGAAGAAGAAGCUCAAGAGAAACAUCGAUAGAAACACGAGACGAGAGAAUUAUUUCUACGAUGACGCCGUGUUGCAUUUCGACGACGAAUACGCGUUCGAUGGCUCGAUUCUGUUCGCGAAGAGGAGAAAAUCAUUCGAUAAGGAUGUGAUAUGUGAAAUGACUAAUUUCAACGUGGAUCAAUUGUCGAUAGAUAGUUACGGGUACUAUAUCGAUGAUAGUGAUUAUUUUGUGAAUGAUACUUUGACUUUUAGCCGGCCGGCGCAUCGGGCCAGUAUAUAGUGUGGUUUAGUUAUUUUUAAUACGGAUUGGUGUUACCUUGCCAAAGUAAGUGCCAAUAUUGAUGUUAAUUUUAUUUACUAUCUAUGUGUGUCCCUAAAUAAAAUGACACAACACAAACCUAUACCGCCUUCGGCUCAAAAUAUAUUAAGAUUUACUUGCUAUCAAGAUAAAAUGCACAAUUUAAUUCUUCCGUAAUAUUCCUCACUUUUGAUUUACAAUGAGCAUAUCAAUUUAAAAAGGGGUAUAGUUAAAUGAAAAUGUAUGUAAAUGUACCUGCAACUAUAGGGGAAGUAUAAUCGUAUAUCUCUUGAUCACAGCCUGCCACUAGUUAAGAAAGAGACAAAGCUAAUGUGUGGCUGCAGUCUGUCUCUUUUCUGUUAAUCUGUAGCAUAUUAUACAGAAUACUUAUUUCAUAAUAAUGCAGUACUAUUGUAACUCGAUAUCAUAAGAUCUGUCCGACACUUUGAAUCUCACAUGACAUCAUGGUCUUUCCUUACCACUCCCCACCUCACCGUGCAUGCCCAAGGCAUGGUACAGUGGUAUCGGCCAAGCUUUAAGAAAUAUGCUGCGAAUGGUAAGCGUUAUUAUGUUAAUAUCAUAAUUAAUUGUGAUUAAGACACUGUUUUAUAUACUUAAAUAAUGGAGGGUACUUAGAAAAAACUAGUGUCGUUAAGGAAACAUUGUUUAAGUGGAACUUUUAGAUAGUGUUGAAAAUGGGCCAAUUAAUUAUAAAAGACUCGAUUUUCAAGUUUAGUGUAAUUAACUGUAAGAGCUUUGCUGUAUGGAUAGCAUGUGCUUCGCGAUUAUACCUUUGGCAAACUAUUUUUUAAGGGGCUAUCACUGUACAAAAUAAAAUUAGAUGUAUUAAUUCUUAAAAAACUUCAGAUCCCUUUAUGAGUGCCAUUGUUAAAAGAGAAUGUCGGGUGUGGUAGGAGGAAAAAAAGUUGAUUGAACUCAAAUGACUCAAAUAUAUAGUAUCAAUCCAAAUGAGAAAAAAAAAGAGAUAUGAAUGUGUGAUGAUAAUAAUAAUUCAAUUGUUCAUCCUGAUAUUGAUAAUCAACUUUGUUAUUAACUACAUACAUAAUUUAAAAAAAAAACGUUUAUUGUAGUGUUCCUGCCUAACAAUAUAGGUCAUACACUCGGUUCAUGAUCAUAGAAAUAUUAGGUAAAUAUCUCUAUGAUCAUGAACCGAGCAAUGGAAUAAGUGUGUUUAAAAGGUUUAUUCAACGAAAAUCUUAAAAUCCAAACCCAAAAACCGUUAAAUUCUUAUUUAUGUUUUUUUUUAUGUAAGAGGGGUCAAAUGGGCAAGAGGCUCACAUGAUGAUGCAGCCGUCCAUGGACAUCCGCAACACCAGGGGUCAAGUGAUGCGUUGCGGGCCUUUAUAUUGGGAGUAUGCCCUUAUCUUGAAGGUCCCUAAAUCGCUUAAAAUAAAAGUUCACUUAAAUUAAAAGUUCACUGUAUAGGGGUAAUCGAUAACUCUGACCAGGGAAGAAACUUUAAACUGAUAUUGAAAAAAUGUUACUUAAUCAGUAAAAUGGCAUCAAUAUCUUUUUAAAAAUCAAACGAGAAGUAUACAAAAUUUUGAUAUGAAACUCUCCCGUACAUUGAGUAUGAGAUUACAUCCUGUAUACUUAAACCCUCUCCGGUCAGAAUAUUUUUAUGCUUAGAUUUGUGCUCAAAAUAUUAUUAAAAGGGUAUCUGAAGUUUUCACACACAAAAUGAUGGAUUAUCUAAUAUCAAAUAAUUUUCCUUAUUUUAUCUGUAUACAUUUGUAAAAUGCUCAGUGUUUCAUUAGUAAUAUUUUACCACCCCUUAAAUGUAGUAUGUCUAAAGUGAGCUCUAAAAUAUCUAGUUCCUUGACCACACUAUCUCUAGGUUUUGGCACUUAUUAUGUAAGAAAAUGUUAUUUCAUUGAAUAAAGCAUUUAUUUCUGGGCGAAAAAUGUUCAUAAAUCACUUAUUUGGUGAUAGAAUUACUUUGAUAUUGUUUUAAGUUUUGAUUUAUGCCUUCAUUUAUAUCUCAUAGAGCGCUAUAAGGACAGGCAAAUGUAUGUGCGAAAAUUAGUUUUCAAAUUGUAUAUGAACAAAGAUCAGAACAUCUCUUUUUGAAAUAUCCUAUAAUUAUUAUAAGUUUUUAUAAAACUUAUUUAGUAUUAAGAUGUUUGUUUCUGGUCAUUAGUUAUAAUAUUCUAAAGCGAUAGCUAGUCAUGUGAAAACUUUCCAGUAUUAUUUUAUAGUUAUGACAUAUUUACACAUGCUUGUUAAAAUAAGACAGUUAGGCCUAGUUAUAAAGUUUUUAUAUACCCAGUUGAGCUAGUUUUAACAUAUUGAUGUCCGUUAUAUUAUUGCCAAAAAUAUAGAUUUAUAAUAUUGGUUAUAGACCUAGUCUCUUUAAGUUAAUUCAAGCGCCAUCUAUUGGUGUAACAUUGAAGCAUUUGUACUGCCGUGCCCCUUAUCACUCUUAAAGAAAAGAUCUGAUAGAUGCAUUAUUAUAAUUAAAUAUCUGGUUUUAAGAAAAAGACUUGACUUUGCCAAAGUUGGUAUUAAAAUACUCAUUUAUAUUUAUGUCCCUGUGGAAAAGCAUUUUCUUUGUUGAUAUGUUGUGACAUUUCAAAUGUCAAAAAUUGGCAUCUUAUUGUUUUCUAAAAGAAAAUAAAAUAUUAAUUAUUAUGUAUUAAACCGUUCAUUAAUAGAAUUAAACACGGGCAUGGAUAAAUAUUUAUUUAGUACAAAAGAAAUCGUAAUUGUUUUUUGUUAAAUAUAAUCAGUGCAUUGAAAUAUACACUUUUAUAAGGUCACCCGGGGCGAAAGCACUAAACAAAAACAUAGCUUUCUUCUUCUUUCUUUUAUAGUUCCGAACCAUCUGAAGGCAACGAAAUUUUAGUAUUUGCUUUUUAAAUUAAUAACAAAAUCGUAACUUUAUCUAAAGGCUUUCAUAGUUUUAGCCUGAUCUCUGCGUUUCAAUGACACGUGUUAUUAAGAUAUCUAUGUGAAUGAAUACAAUUAAAAUAUUAACAAAAACAAUAUACAUAUAAGUUAAAAAAACACGUCACAGAUACCUAGGUAAACAUUUUAUGCAAAUAAAUAGUGAACUCCACUUAUUGAAAUAUCGACACGGAACUUCACUAGUGAUUUGUUUUUUCAUA